AAAUGCUGUAAAAAAUUGAGAAUGUAAAUAAUUGAAAGGCCGAGAAGGAGGGUGUAGAAUUACAGGAAGCUGAUGAAUAAUAGGCGGGUCCAGAAGGAGGGGCUCUGAGGAAGAAGGCGGAAGUGACAGGAAGUCCCGCCCUUCCAGAAUUCUCUGGGUUUCUCGGCUGCGGCGCGGUCCGGAAGUCAUUGCUGGAGACGUGUGCCUCAUGUUUGCGGAACCUGAAAACUUCCUUAAGCUGCAGUUGCUGUGCUCGCCUCCUAGGACAUUCAGCAGCUCGUCCUGUCCCCUGCCAGGUCUCUAUAUGCUCCAACAAAACUGCAUAACUAUAAAUCAAAGGUCUCCAUAUACUCAGCCAAAUCUUCAUAACUAUAAAUCAAAUCUAAGAGCCCUGGAUGCUAAAGGUCAAGGAGACUCUAACAAAGGUUCCAGAAGAGUCCCAAUAUUUGAAACUUGGAGAAGAACAACAAAAAGAAUGAGUGCUUCUCUGGUAAACACUCCACAGGGUCUGUUAACCUUCAAUGAUGUGUCUUUGGACUUCUCACUGGAGGAAUGGAAAUGUCUCAAUUUUGCUCAGCGGUCGUUGUACAUGGAUGUAAUGUUGGAGAAUUUCAACAAUCUAUUGUUUUUGGAAAAUCAUCUCAUAUGUGGAAGACAUUGGAAGGUCUUAGAUCAAUACACAGAGUGCAAUAUCCAUGAACAUGUGAAUAUGCAAGAGAAGUCUUAUAAAUGUAAUGAGCUCAGCAAAAUGAUUAAUGAAUCCACCCAAAGUACACCUGAGAAAACUAACCACAGAGAUGCCUCACUUCAAUCCUCAAACCUGAAAAGACUUAAAAUUGGGAAAACUAGAGAAGUUUCCAAAAAUAAAGACUGUGUAAAGUGUUUAAAUGAGUGCUCUAUAAAUAAUCUAAAUCAAGGAAUACACAUAGGGAAGAAAGAAAACAACAGUCCAGAAUUUGAUAAGGAUUUUGUAUCUAAACAUAAACUGAUGCUGAAACCAAGCAAUAAUGGUAAGAAGCUUUACAAAUGUAGUCAAUGUGACAAAUGCUUUACUCACAGAGGCAUUCUUAGAAUUCAUCAUAGAACUCAUACAGGAGAGAAACCUUACAAAUGCAGUGAAUGUGACAAAUGCUUUAGCCAAAAAUGCAGUCUUGAUAAUCAUCAGCGAAUUCAUACAGGAGAGAAACCUUAUAAAUGCAGUGAAUGUGACAAGUGCUUUACCCAAAAAUGCAGUCUUCAUAUUCAUCAGAGAAUUCAUACAGGAGAGAAACCUUACAAAUGCAGUGAAUGUGACAAAUGCUUUGCUGACAAAAGUGGUCUUAUAGGUCAUCAGAGAAUUCAUACAGGAGAGAAACCUUACAAAUGCAGUGAAUGUGAGAAAUGCUUUGCUGACAAAAGUGGUCUUAUAGUUCAUCAGAGAAUUCAUACAGGAGAGAAACCUUACAAAUGCAGUGAUUGUGACAAAUACUUUAAUCACAGAGUUAAUCUGCAACGUCAUCAGAGAAUUCAUACUGGAGAGAGACCUUACAAAUGCAAUGAAUGUGACAAAUACUUUACUCAAAAAUGUAGUCUUCAUACUCAUCAGAGAAUCCAUACAGGAGAGAAACCUUACAAAUGCAGUGAAUGUAACAAAUGCUUUACCCAAAAAUGUAGUCUUCAUACUCAUCAGAGAAUUCAUACAGGAGAGAAACCUUACAAAUGCAGUGAAUGUGAUAAAUGCUUUGCUGACAAAAGUAGUCUUAGAUUUCAUCAGAGAAUUCAUACAGGAGAGAAACCUUACAAAUGCAAGGAAUGUGACAAAUGCUUUGCUGACAAAAGUAGUCUUAGAUUUCAUCAGAGAAUUCAUACAGGAGAGAAACCUUACAAAUGCAGUGAAUGUGACAAAUGCUUUGCUGACAAAAGUAGUCUUAUAGUUCAUCAGAGAAUUCAUACAGGAGAAAAACCUUACAAAUGCAGGGAAUGUGACAAAUGCUUUGCUGACAAAAGUAGUCUUAGAUUUCAUCAGAGAAUUCAUACAGGAGAGAAACCUUACAAAUGCAGUGAAUGUGACAAAUGCUUUGCUGACAAAAGUAGUCUCAUAGUUCAUCAGAGAAUUCAUACAGGAGAGAAACCUUACAAAUGCAGUGAAUGUGACAAAUCCUUUACCCAAAAAUGUAGCCUUCAUACUCAUCAGAGAAUUCAUACAGGAGAGAAACCUUACAAAUGCAGUGAAUGUGACAAAUGCUUUGCUGACAAAAGUAGUCUUAGAUUUCAUCAGAGAAUUCAUACAGGAGAGAAAUCUUACAAAUGCAGUGAUUGUGACAAAUGCUUUAACCAAAAAUGCAGUCUUGACAGUCAUCAGUGAAUUCAUACAGGAGAGAAACCUUACAAAUGCAAUGAAUGUGACAAAUGCUUUAAGUACAAAGAUAGUCUGCAAUGUCAUAAGCAAAUUCAUACAGGAGAGAAACUUUACAAAUGCAGUGAUUGUGACAAAUGCUUUACCCAAAAAUGCCGUCUUCAUAGUCAUCAGAAAAUUGAUACAGACAAGAAACCUUACAAAUGCAGUCAAUGUGAAAAAUGCUUUUCCCACAAAUGCAAUUUCCAUACUCAUCAGAGAAUUCAUACAGACAAGAAACCUUAGAGAUGCAGAGAAUGUUACAAAUGUUUUAUCUACAAAUGCAAUCUUCAUUUUCAUCAUAGAAAUCAUAUAGAAAUGAUACCUUGCAAAUGCAAUGUAUAUGACAAAUGCUUUAAGUAGAAAUUUAGUCUGCAAAGUCAUCUGCGAAUUCAUAUGGAAGAAAAACCUUACGAAUUCAAUGAAUGUGACAAAUGCUUUACUGAGAAAGGCAGUGUUAGAAUUGAUCAUAGAACUCAUAUAGAAGGGAAACCUUACAAAUGCUUUACCUAAAAAUCUUCAUACUUGUUAGAGAAUAAGUAAAGGAGAGAAACUCUAAUUGUCCUGAAUGUGACAAUUGCUUUAUCCACAGUAGCAGUCUUAGAAAUUAUCGGGGAAUUCAUACAAGAGAGAAAUCACAAAUGCAGUGGAUGAAACAAGUACUUUGCCCAUAAUAGCUGUCUUAGAAAACAUCAGAGAAUUUUUAUAAUAGUGUAAGUUUAGAAAUUGUAGUGAGUGAGAAAAUCCUUUACCAAGGAUGGAUAUUUUAGAAUUAUCCUAAAAAUAUGUACAUGAGAGAAAUCUUUCAAAUGCAGUGGUGGCAUAAACACUUGACUUCUGUCCAGUCUCUUAUGCCACAGUCAAUACGUGUAGAAGAGAAACUUCACAAAUUCAAUGCAAUUACUAUGAAAAUUCCUUUGACUUCCUUUCAGUUCUGAAAAAACAUCUGAAUAUACAUACCGAGGAAAAUGUUUCCACCGUAAAAAAAAAAAAAAGAAAGAAAAGAAAUGUGGCAUAUGUUUUAUCGAGACUCUAUUUACCACAUGAGGUUCUACACUAGAGAAUUAUUGUAAGUUUGCAAAACUUGUGAAAACCUUCACACCAUGCUCCAAUCUUAGAUAAUGUAACCUAUUUCUGCAGAGAAAUAUUCUGAAAAUGUGACAAUAUAGGAAAGUUUUACUUGUUCAACCUCAAAUAUAAGAUAAAUCCCAAGUGGGGAAGCCAGACGAAUAUAUUAUUUUUUUGGACACUUUCUUUGAAUCUAAAGGAUUUAGAAGGAAACAAAAUUAAGGUAUUUAAUACACCUUUAAAACUAUUUAAUAAUAAUGACAGAAUUCUUUAUAUUUAAUUCACAUAAAGGAUUUCAGUUAAAAGUAUUUGAUAUCCUGAGCCACCGAAAUAGGAUGUUCUUAAUCUUAUAGAGAUGCCUACAGGACUGGACAGUGGUGAUGCAUGCCUUUAAUCUCUUCAUUUUGGGGGCAGUGGGAGGCAGAUCUCUCAGUUCCAGGCUAGGCUGGUAUACAGAGAGAAACCUUGUCUCAAAAAAAAAAAAAAAAAAAAAAAAGAUUCCUAUAGAUAUGCUUAGAGUACCCAGAAUUAAUAAUUUCUAUAAAAUGCUGGUUUCAAGUUUCAGGAUAACAACUGACUAUGAGUCUCUUGUGCUCUGGUCAACAAGUCCUUCCCCAUAGUCCUGUAAGUAAAUGUAAUAAAGCUCAUUGAUUAAUCCA